AUGGCAGUUGGUAGCAAGCGCCACGUUAUCACAGCAAUUACUGUGUUAUUUCAAGUCUGGUUGGCGGUUACUGAGGAAUCUUUGACUCUACGGCAAUGUCAUUUGGAUGAUUUCCAUUAUGAGUAUACAGAAUGUGACAGUGAUGGGGGCAGGUGGAGAGUUCCUGUGCCAAAGGAGCCAGGCAUCUGUAUACCAUCCGUAGCACCAGGACCUCCUAUAAGAGGAAAAGAGUGCAACUUUGCAUGCAACCCAGGAGAGUAUUUAGACGUUCAAGGAGACCAGUCGUGCCAUGCAUGUCCUGCAGGAACAUACUCACUUGGUGGGGGCAUUCGAUUUGAUGAGUGGGAUCAUCUGCCCCCAGGUUUUGCUGUUAAAACUGAGCACGUAGCUCCAUCUGUCUGGGGGAGCAGAAUACGUCAUAAAGGAAACUGUUCCAGGUCAGAGUGGACUCCAAGAGGAAACUACAUUAUGUCAGUGCCUGGCCAGUGCCCUAGUAACCUUUUGUUCUCUGCCAAACUGAUAAGGGCAGGCCGGUUGACCUUCGAGUACCAGUAUACAGACCCGGAAUCCAUAUUUCAUUUUGUGGUGCAGAAUGACCAGUGUCAAGCCAUGGACAGUGAGGACACAGAUAAGUGGCCAGAGAUUACAAGUGAAGGCAGAUGGUCAACGAUUACAGUUGAGCUGAAGACAGGCAUGAACGUUCUGCAGUGGAGAACUAUUGGGGCACUGUCAGAAUUGAUCCACCCAAGUGUGAGCCCGGUGAUGAUCAGGAAAAUUGAACUCACAGGUGUUGCCUAUACAUCCGAGUGUACAAAAUGUGCCAAUGGUACCUACAGCAGCGGGGGAGCAUCCUUCUGUCAGUUCUGCCCCGCUGAUCACUACUCUGAACAUGGAGCCAAACAGUGUGAAGUCUGCAAAUCCUGGGAGUACGCCGAACCUGGCUCAGCCGAAUGCUCGGUUCGCCCACCAUGUACUGUGCUGGACUAUUAUGAGUAUCAGAAGCCGUGUAAUGAGAAUGGAAAGACUCAGCUGAGUUACCGAUGGAUUGAGCCAAGGAUUUGUUACGAGAAUGCUACUGGCUCAGUGACAUUACCUAAUGAUGGACCUUUAGUGGAUUGUCCCCCCUGCAAUCCUGGAAUGCACAAAGUAAAUGCUUCUCAUUGUGACUUUUGUGAGGCAAACCAUUAUGCAGAUUCUGAUGGUGUUUGCCGGGAAUGUCCUGCCUCAACAUCCCCCAACUACAACAUUGAGUACAAGUACUGGAACGUGCUGCCUACCAAUGUCUCAGCACACUGUGUGCCUGCGGGAGUUGAAGUUUGUACAAGAACUUCUGGAUGGCUACCAUCUGGGGACCAUGUGAAAACCAGCUUUGGGCCCAGUGAUCGCAACAGCUUUCUGGUCCUUCUUCUCAAGGUUGCGGGUUUUCGUGGGGAACAAGGAACAGUUGAUGGGAAACCUAUUGCUCUUGGAACAGUGACCUUUGACCUGGAGUUGAAUUGCCAGACACCUUGCCAGUUUCUUUUUUUAUCAGAUGCGACUGGUAAAAAUGCUGUCCUUCAGUCUUGGGAACAGACCACAGCCAGAAAAAUGUACAGUCAUGAUGUCUUCACAAAUGAGUCAUUGACAUUGACUUGGGCCUUCCAGCCUGAUGAUUUUGGUUUCGGUUUACCUGAAGACUCGGAUCCGUUAAUGACAAGUAAAAAUGUUGCAAAGAUUUACAGCAUCAAAGUGACCAACACCAUUUCUGGAGGUGCCACCAUGUGCCAGUCGUGUCCCGAAGGCAAGACAGAAGAAGGGUGCAUCCCAUGUCCUGAUGGCCAGUAUAUUGAUACCAAAUCUCAGACAUGUGAGUCUUGUCCAGCCGGAACAGUAUUGCCCAGCAGUAACUCCUGGGGCAGAGAAUCAUGCAAACCCUGUGGCCCAGGACUGCACCCAGUUGGAGGAAGAUCCUGCAAGUCCGACUGUCACUUCACUGAUGGUAUGGGCAGAGAGUAUGAUUUCACAGCACUGGAUGCUGUGCGCUUUGUUGCUGGAGUGCGCUUGUUUACAGGCAGUGGUACUCAGUACUACCAUGGCUUUAACAUCUCCCUUUGUAACCAUGGGACACAGUCCUUGCCGACAUGCGUUAAUAACGUCACUUCAGAGUUGAUGAUGCUUAACCAGCCUGGAGUUCUAUCAGGCAUGGUGUGCAGAUCCACACUAGUGCCCCAGAGUGACCCAGACAAGCCCCUUGUCUCAACUCAACCAGUGAGCUUGGGAACACAUCUGACAAAAAUUGUGAGCAACAUCAGCUUAAGUCAGCUGUAUGGAGAAGAGGGGUUUCCUGUUGAAGAUACGGAGAGAGACAUUCACUUCUAUUAUGAGUCUGGAAGGUAUGAUUACAAGGUUGUCAGGGGGGAGUGUGUGGCUGGAGAACAGGUCAUACAUUUCUUCCCACCAGAACACUGUCUGCAUUUACCAGAAGAGGUGGUAUCUCAGAUAAGCCAGAAGUGUACCAUUCUGCCUUUUGCAGUGGUUGUGGCCAUUCCGGUCUCCGUGGGAGUGGCUAUCAUCCUAAUUCUGCUGCUCAUUUACUGCUGGUCCAGAAACAAAAAACUAGAGUACAAGUAUAUGAAACUGGUAGAGACAUCUGGUGGCCAGGAGGGUGAGAUGCCUGCCGCUGAUACUUGUGGGAUGGAGGAUGAUGAAGAUGAUGUUCACUUCUCAGAACCUGGACCCAGUGCCAGCUUUCUGGGCAAGAUCAGAGAAAAACUGUCCAGUAAAAGAAUGAAGGAUGAGGAUAACCCAUUCAUGGCAGUAAAGAUGUCUGAGAAGAUGUCACUGACGUAA